GGGCUUGCCUCCUACCGCACUCCAGUCCAGGGGUCAUCGGAGUUUCUUUCAGGGUGCUUGCUCCGCCUCUGACAUUUACCUUUUUCUUUUCUUUCUUUCUUUUUCUUUUUUUUUUUUUUGUCUGAAAAAUUCCCAAGUUCCUCAUGUGAGUUUUUUGUUGCUGUUAACCUUGAACUCAUAUUUUACUGCUUUUUCUUUUUUUGUCUUAUGUAGCCCAGGCAGGGCUUGCACUUGUGUUGCUGAGUCUGACCUGAUCCUACCUGCUUUCCACUUUGCCAAGUUCUGGGGUGACAGGCGGCUAACAUACUAGUGUCUUUAAACGUGCUGUUUCUUAUGUUAAAUGGAUUGAGUGUCCAGCACAUGCCCUGAGAUCACAUCCCUUUCGACCAAAUCUGCAGUGGACUUCAGAAAAUACAGUAAAUAGCACAACAGACACAGGGCACAGGUAUUGGCAAUUGAAAGUUGAUGGUAAGGAUAGAGUUGCAGUCAAACAGACAUCUUGUCCCCAGAGUGUCCACUGUUGUGAGAUCACCCUGCCUUCUUGCCCAAUCUUUCUGUUUGGAUUUCAUAUCUUAAUGAAAGAGGUAGUGGGUGGUGGUAGUCGACACAGGGCCAGAUAAAGUUCUUUAAAAGCCAUUUGCAUGCUUAAAGGUCAGGCAGUGUCUUUCAUAAGAGGGGUUGCUUCCAGGGUGGCCAAAAACGACUUAGUGAAGACCUGUUACUGAGCCUAGAGGAUGGCUGCAAGAGCAUUUGGUAUUGUAACCGGGUGUGGUGGCUCUUGGCCGCCAUUCCAGCUCUAGGGAAGUGGAGUAAGCCUGGGCCCCAGAGACAGACUGUGUCAGAAAAUAACAAAACCAAAAAAAUAAGUAACAAUUCGGGUAUUUUAAGUAACAAUUUGGGUAUUUUAAGACACAUUGCCCCUGCCCCAUAUUUUGAUAAGCACUAUUUGAUAACUUCUCUAAAUGGUGGCUUUCACAAAGAUUUAGUCAAUUGUGUCCUUAAAUUUCACUCAUGUCACGUAAUUCAGAAUUUUAAGUUUUAGAAACGAGAGAAAGAAAUAACAUGUUCUGAGUCCCUCUGGUGCUUUCAGAAGCCUUCUCUUGGACUCAGCACGCUUCUGAAUGUGUGUCUUCUGUCUGGUCCGUUCUGAGGUUCAGCGUCUUCGUACUACUUAGAUGUCUGGUUAGUGUGGGAUGUGAAGUACAAAGGGAUUUUCUUUGUCCUUGGAUUCUCUAUUAACAACAGAACUGAAAAGGGUUAGCUCUGUGAUUGUUUAUCCCAAAGUCUGACAGACCUGGGAGGAGUUUGUCACUGGCCAACCAGCUUCGUUUUUUUAGUGGUUUUAUAGAACCUCCAUCCCAUAUGUGAUACCAGAUGUUACUUUGGGAAAUCUGCUUGAUAGAAAGUAUUGUACUUAGGCUAAGCAAACUGCACUUUUAAAGUUACUGAAAGCUGUUGGAUAAUGCCAGGUUUAAUUACUAUCCUUGCCUCUUUGUUUGCUUUUUAAACCCUGGAUUGAACAAAACAAGCCUUAUUGAACCUUCCCAGUGAACUCCCCCACCCCCCUGAGCAAAACUUAUUCAGACAUCUAAAACUAUCCUAAUUGCUGAUAAGUCCAAGCACUUUGCUGGCCAUGGUUCCACAACUGUGGAAAACAGCAGCUGAAACUCGUACAGAUUAUCUCUGGCUUGGGAUUUUUAUCUUUAGUUCAAGGAUCACAGCAGAGGGUUUGUUUGUUUUUAAUGUGUAUGGGUGUGCCUGCAUGUAUGUAUGUGCACCAUGUGCAUACCUAGUGCCCACGGGGCCAGAAGAGGGUAUCAAAUUCCCUGGAACUGGAGUAUAGAUCCAACCCAGGUCCUCUGGAAGAGCAGAUACUGCUCUUAACUCUUGAGCCAUUUCUCCAGCCCCACAGCAGAGUUUUAAUAGCAAAUUAUUGAAAUUUCUUAGGGAUUAUUUUUAGGGGUGUGUGUGUGUACACCUGUGUUGAAGUAUGUCCACUUUAGUGAUGUUAGGUCCUUAAGAUCUGGAACACAAACAGAUAUGGGUCUUAGGAAUUGAACUCUGUUCUUCUGUAAGGGCAGUGCAUGCUCUUAAUAGCUGAGCCCAUCUCUUCAGCCCAAAAUAUUGAUAUAUUUGAAAGAGUCAAACCUUUCUCCGAUUCUGUUGUCUAACACUGUAGAGACUGUUGGAGAGCAAAUACCUAAACCUCUUGCAAAGUUAAAAGGUUUCUAGUUGUUACUUUUAUAAUUAAGAAAACUGUCAUGUUUCUCAAGAUAUGAAUAAGACACAUAGGAGACUACAAGGACCGCAUAAGGAAGAUCAGAGUGGUGUCAUAACUCUCAUGUAACUCCUGGGAAGAGAUUCAGGCUGUGGCACAUGUGAUGCCUUUGUCAGUCACUAGUGUACCACUGUACAGUAGAGUGCCAGACUCUUGCGUGAUUAUCUGGGAUCCCAGCAUCUAGUACCUGAAACAAGCAGACAGAAGGGCUGUCAGAACCCCUAACUCUGUGCUAGCGACUUGAAAAGUUGGGGGGAAAUGAGAAAGAAUGUUUCCUGUGAUGUGUAAGGGGAUUUAAUUGUUGGCGAGAAGCUUAGUAGUAAGUGUGAUGAUCAGUUACUGACCAGAACCAGAAAUGCCUUUCCCUAGCCAUUCCAGAAGACUUCAGUUAGAAAAUAAGACUCCAUGUCUUUGUACAAACUUGCACAAAGAAGCAGCUUUGAACAUGUAAACAGUCCCAGUCCUUUAACAAUAACUACUUCAGCUCUUUCUUUCAAGCUUUCUUGUUAAGAAGAGAACUAACUGCCUUGGAAGUGGUUUCCUCUAUGUACUUUUUGGAUUACAUGAAAUCUUCACCAUGUUUCCUUUCCAAGUAUUUAGGGGAGUUUGUGAGGAUUGGCAGAAGUGGCACAUUAAGAGAACCUGAGAGUGUAAGUGAGUUAGGACCAUGGCUAAGGUAAUGUAGACCUCAUAACAAGUAAGGUCCAGGACAGCCUAGGCAUGAAGUGAAAGACAAUAACAAAAGAAAUAAUUCCCCUCCCCUUUUUCUUUUUGGGUCAUACUCAGAAGAUAAACCUAAUGUUUUAAAAUGUUUCUAUUUCUGUUAUCAACACCAGAUUAUUUAGUUUUGUUUUCAGACAGGGUCUCAUUGUGCAGCCCAUAAUGACCUUGAUUGGACUUGUAGCAACCCUCCUGCCUCAAACACCCACUGGCCAAAGUUACAGGUGUGAGCUACCACACCUGUCUAAUAUGUUUCCUUGUAAGGAAUGUAUACCUAGCUUUCUCUAUGGCACAGCAUGCUUCCACAGAGAAUACAGCUGGAGUCAGGAAGAUGGCUCCAUCAUUAAAGUCAUUGCAAGUGUGGGGAUUUGAGUUCCCAGAAUCUACCAGGCAUAAUGGUCUACACUUGGAAUCCUGGCAUUGGGAAGGCAGAGAUGGAUAGAUCUCUGGGGCCUGUUGGCUAGCUACCCUCACCUAAUUAUCAGCUUCCAGGUCAAGGAGAGAUCUUGUCUCAGAAAACAAGGAGGAUGGCUCUUGAGGAACUACCUGAGGUUGACCUCUGGUCUCCAUGAUACACAUGCAGUCAUACAGGUGCAUAUGUACACAUACUUAGACUGUCUCUAAAAGACAGUUGAUGAGUUAAAGAUAAUCUAGCCUUCUAAGGCUCUGGUUAGAUACUGUCAGAUGACCUUUCAGAAUGUUCACUUACUCCGGCGGCAGUGUAAUAAAAUAUUGGGAAUAUAGUCUUCUGGGUAAUUGUCAUUGGAUUAUAGUUAAAAGUAUGCUGUGUCUUUAUAAAAAGUGAGAUUUCAGGUAACUGGCCUCAAUGGUUUAGAGUGUUGACUACUCUUUUUUUUUUUUUUUUUGGUUCUUUUUUUCGGAGCUGGGGACCGAACCCAGGGCCUUGCGCUUCCUAGGUAAGCGCUCUACCACUGAGCUAAAUCCCCAGCCCCUAGAGUGUUGACUACUCUUAAAGAGGACUCAGGUUUGAUUCCUAGCACCACAUAGUGGCUCUAACUGCUAACUCCAACUAAAGGGGCCCUGACACCCUCUUCUGGCCUUCACAGGCACCAGCCAUGCACAUGGUACACAGACAUCAUGCAGGCCAAACACCCAUGCACAUGAAGUUGUAAAAUUUUAAAAAUGAGAUUCGAGGUAUUCAGAAGAAUGCACACACUAACAUUGAAAGGCUUUUCAGAGUUUAGGUAAAAAUCAGUACUUAACACAGUGGUUCUCAACCUUCCGAAUGCUUUGGCCCUUUAAUGCAGCUCCUCAGUUGUGGAACAUGAGGACGCCCAGCCAUAAAAUCAUUUUGUUCCUGCUUCAUAGCUGUAAUUUUGCUACUGUCACGAAUCUGAUGUGCAGGAUAUCUGAUGUGUGACUCCUAAAGGGAUCAUGACCUACUGGUGGAGAACCAGUGACUUAGAGGAACUUAUAUAUAGUACAGUUCCAUUUGUUUAUUUUAAAAAAAUAAUUUUCGAACUUACAGAGUGAGUUCCAGGACAGUUGGGUACACAGAGAAAUUCUAUCUGGAAAAACAAAAAAUAAAUAUAAAAAAUAUUUUAUGUACAUUGAUGUUCUGCCUCUGUGUGUGUGUCUGUGUGUCAGGUCUCCUGUGACUGGGAUUACAGAACAGCUUUGAGCUGCCAUGUUGGUGUUGGGAAUUGAACCCAAGUCCUUUGGAAGAAUGGCCAGUGCUCAUAACUGCUGAGCCAUUACUCUGAGUCCCAAAAAAUUUUUUUCAUAAGAAAAAAACUACUUGUAGAAAUUUCCAUUUGAAACCAUUUAAGUGAUUUCCUCUGGAUGUAGGAAUAGGAGUCAGGUGUAGAGUGCCUUCCUAUAAUCCCAGCACUCAAGGUGUUGGAAUUUGAGGUAUAUACUGAGUUGCAUGAAACCAUUUCUAGCAAAUCACAAUCAAAACUUGGGUUACCUAGGCCUGUUGCACUUGGGUUCAGUCCCCCAAUACCACAAAGAAACAACCUUCCCUCCCAAAAACACCCCACAAAAAUUGGCACUAGAAAUGGGAGGAAAGAAGAAUUAUUAGGGUUUUGUUUUUAAGAUUUAAACAAAAAUUGUAUGUGUGUUUUGCUUGCAUUUCAUGUAUGUUCACAGCAUGUGUGCCUGGUGUCCAAGGAGUCCAGAAAGGGGGUAUGGAAUUCUCUGGAACUGGAGUUACAGAUGACUGUGAGCCUCCUUGUGGGUGCUGGGAAUUAUACCCAGGUCUUCUGCAAGAGUGGCCAGUGCUCUUAACUGCUGAGCCCUCUCUCCAGCCCUGAAUCUUAGUUUUAUAUACAGACACCUCUGAGCUUAAGGAACAUACUUUUGAAGUCCUGUGAUUUUUGAAGACAUACAGACUAUACUUUACCAUAAUGACUGACCUGACCUGGAUGUGGCACUUCUCUGCCCUGGUACUACAAUCUUCUGUGUGCUUUAUUUGUGCCAUCCUAGUAACUCUGAAAUAGAUACAGCAUUUAUCCUUAUUUACAGAUAAGGAAACUGAGACACAGACCAAGGCACCUGUCCAAGCCCAAGUGUUGUUAGCAUUAGGAUGAGGUGUGUCGUCACGCUGCACUGUUAACUGUGGUGCUGGUGCAUGCCUAGCAAAGACAUUCUUUUUUUUUUUUUUUUUUUUUUUUGCAAAGACAUUCUUAACAGUGGGAAGAGGGCAUUGUGCUUCAGGCUGUUGAGGUCACGGCAGGGAUCACUUUUAAACUUUUCUAGGUGUGUCUUCUUCAGUUCCUAACGUUAAAAGUAGUGACUGUAUAUGUUUAAAGCAGAAAGUAGAGUUGGCAUGGUGGGUUGGAAAUCCAUAAGAAAAGUGAGGAGCAGAAAGAAACCCAGGCACUGUGGCCACCGUUUUCCUUUGAUCAGAUUUUCCAAGCACAUGUUGAUUGUCUGAGUAUCUAUCUGAAGCCCUGGGUCCUCAGCGCUUUUGCCAGAGCAGCCCUGGGCUUUGUUGGUUUUGUUUAUUUUGCACAGUGGGCUGUCUACAAGAACCAAUACCAUUGGUUUUAACAGAUGCUUGAAAUCCUAGAAGCAGUGGGAGUAGGGGGGAAAUUGUUUAUUCUCUCUGUCCCUCCCUCUAGAAUAUUUUACAGAGAUCUAAAUUUAGAUGUGCUCUGCACGUUUGUAGCCAGCUAAAGAUCUCUCUUAACGAUACUGGCGUUACGUGCUCAUCCUUCCGGGUUCUGUCCAUGCCCAUCCUCAUGUAGGUGUAGAAUGAGGCCAGGUGCUGUUUGCCUGUGUUGUUUGGAAUUAAUUGGUGACUUCAAGACUGCUGGCAAGGGGCAGAGGGAGGAGGCGCUGCCUUUGAUGGAGAGACAGCUAACCCUUUAGUAACAGAUACAAACUCCUUGGUAUGUCAGUAAGUGUUGGCCUGCAGUUUAUGUUAUGUGGUUGGUUCUGGCAGCUCUGGGAAGUAGGUCCCUCUGUCACAGCUCUGUAUUCUGAUGACACUGAGUGAGGAUAGGAGGGGUUAAAGGCUGGAGUGCCAUUCCAGCCAGAAGAGCUGUUGCCUCCCUCUAGGCCUGGUGUCAUUGACUCAUUUGGGUGUAUUUUAGGGUUUGAGGUAGUCUUUGAUGAUUCUGACUGAUCUGCUAAGGAUUUAGAGAGAGUUGGCCCUGCUGACCUGCUAGGUUACAUUUUGGAGGUUGUUAGUUUGGUUUAGGGGGAAAUUUUAUUUGUUUUUUCAUUUCCUUUUGAGUUAGAGCUUUAUUCUGUAGCCUCGGCCAGCCUUGGCCUCACUCUUGAUCAUCAUACUGCCUCAGACUCCAGAGUACACGUGUGAACAUUGUACCUGGCUGCUGGUCAUAUUUCCUAAAGCAAAGGAUUGUACUGAGGGAAUGUAGAGCAUGUCUUUUUUGUCAAGUUGACUAAUUGGCUACUGUUGCAAUUCCUAUUAAAAUUUUAAGAACCUUAAUCAUUUAACUUACUGGGCCAAUAAGAACUUUCAAAACGUUCAGAUUAUAAAGGCCCAUCCCAUUUUCCUUUGGUCCCACCCCCUUCAACUAUUUGUCCCAAUUUUUUUUCUGCUUGUAACCCAUCUACAGUGGCUUCUCCCUCCUCCGUACCCUCAGGACUUAAUGAAAACUCUAGAAAGUAGAGGUCCUGGGAGAAAAAAAGGAAGGAACAACUUGACAAGAAGACUUUGGCUUCUGUUUGAGGCGAGUCAGAAUUCUUAUCUGAACCCAGCAUAUGGACAUCUGUGGCACAGGAGGGAUUUUGGCCCUGCCGUGGUUCUGACUUAUUAUCUGAGCCGUCCAACAGGUUCCUGGGUGGAGCUACCCAUGAACAGCAGCAAUGGCAACGGUAAUGGAAAUGGGAAGAAUGGGGGCCUGGAGCACGUUCCUUCCUCGUCUUCCAUCCACAAUGGAGACAUGGAGAAGAUCCUUCUGGAUGCGCAGCAUGAGUCGGGACAGAGCAGCUCAAGAGGCAGUUCUCACUGUGACAGCCCUUCACCACAAGAAGACGGGCAAAUAAUGUUUGAUGUUGAGAUGCACACCAGCAGGGACCACAGCUCUCAGUCAGAAGAAGAAGUUGUAGAUGGAGAAAAAGAAGUUGAGGCUUUGAAGAAAAGUGCAGACUGGGUAUCAGACUGGUCCAGUAGACCCGAAAACAUCCCACCCAAAGAGUUCCUUUUCAGACACCCUAAGCGUGCAGCCUCUCUAAGCAUGAGGAAGAGUGGAGCCAUGAAGAAAGGGGGCAUUUUCUCUGCAGAGUUCCUGAAGGUCUUCAUCCCAUCUCUCUUCCUCUCUCACGUGUUGGCUUUGGGGCUGGGAUGGUAAAACACACCAUUGUGGAGGAUGAUUCUGGAAUACACUGCAUCUAUAUCGGAAAACGACUGAGCACACCUUCUGCCAGCACCUACUGAGGGAGACGAAAAGCCCCUGGGAAUCCGUGUGGCCUGUGAAGUGGUGUAUUGUAGUUUGAAUUUGAGACCUAUUGUAAGCAUGAUCCCCACCUACAACCCUAUUUUUACAUGCCCAAUUCCAAGUAACUCUCAAAUCCAGUAUUUUACUCAAACUCUGUUGGGGCAUUUUACUAACCUUGUUCCCUUUUUGGCCUGUAAAACACUUUAGAGAUUCCUAACAGAGUUUACUGUUGUUUAGAAAUUUGCAAGGGCUUUUUUCAGCAACGCCACCAGCAGAUUAUAAUCUUGUCAACAGUGCAUCGUCUCCUCUUAGUACCACUAGUCACACCUGCAUCAUUCAUGCUAGAAGCUGUGUUCUAGCCAUGCAAUUACAUCUCUUUCUAAAUGAGGUCAGGUUUGCAAAUAAUACUAUGAAAGCUUUGUUUAGUCUUUGUUUUGUUUUCCAGGACAAAAACAAGCUUCCCUGAGCUUGAGUUUAUAAAAUGAAAACAAACCAAAAAAAGGAAAAAAAAAAAAAAAAAAAAAAAAAAAAGAAGGCAAAACACAAGGAAAAAAAAAAUCCUGGGCAAUAAAAAUUACUUUAAAGCAGCUCUGGAGCCCCUCUUUCCUCAUCCUCCUGCCGCCCUGAAUGGGUAGGAGACAGCUGUGUGAGGGACAGACAGGAGAGAGGAGAGGAGAGCAUGCUCGCAGGUUUAACAUCAGUAUAUUGCAAUGCUGUCUUUUCUAUGGUAGAGAAUCUUUAUUUGUAAGGAGUGUCUCAGGCCUAGACAUACAUGAAACUUACUUUUGAGAUUUUCAUGCGUUUGGUAUUUUCAUGUGUUAACUGCAUGUGAAUUUUUCAUGACUUUCUUUGUUUUUCUAGUUUCUUUUUUUCUAAGAAGAGACUUGGAACGAGUCUGAUUCAUGGUGUUAAUAGAGGCUUCUUGUUUUAGGAAGCUUUGCUUACACUCUGGAGCCUUUACACUCUGAAGAAUAACUUCAGAGUUAUUCCAAGUACUUGUGUAACUUGGAAAAGUAGACUUGGGUUGUGGGAACAGUUGAUAAAGUUCUGGAAAGAUGCCAUUCACUCUCUUUGGGUCCUUACUUCCUGUUGUUGGCUACAGUCUUCCCAAGGUCUCCUUAGUCUCUCCCAGGCCCCUGUGACUGUCUUACGUAAGUGUCUUCUCAGUUCUGUCAAAUUCCUGAUGCUCUAUAGCACUCAGAAAAUUCUUUGAAUGGCAGACUUUCUUCUGUCUGUUUCUAAAAUGUGAAGCUUUAGGACCAAAUUGCUAGUAUCAGGAUUGCAGAUUAUCUCAAGUAGAUUUUGUUAGAUUUCAGAGCACAGCAUCACUCUGAGGGAAUCUGUGUCUUAUAUAUAAAUAAUUACUGUUAAUGAUGUACACUUUGCUGAAGUUAUAGAACCAUUGUGAAUUUCAAGGCUAGCAACCUACACGGUGCACCAGGUUGACUUGAAUAAAUUUGGCAACCAGGUUUGCCAGCAUGCAGAAACUCACUCUUCUCUCACAUAAAGGGUUAUAAAAUUGGUGUGUUAUAUGGAAAUGGAAAGGAAGGUAGAUAAGACAUUUCUGUCAUUUUUCAAGAACAUGGCUGUUUAUCUUUAAGGCAGAUAAUAUAUCCAAAAUAGUUUUGUGAGUUAUUUUCUUUCUGGCAUUUAAUGUCUACCUGAUUUGAGGGCAACUUCUGCCCUUUUCCUUUCUUGCUCUUAAACCUGGUGAUGCUUGAUCUGCCUUCUCACCUAUUACUUCAAGUGUUUAUAAUUGAGUUUCUUAGGAAGAAAGCAAAUCUGGUGGCCUGUUGUUUUGUUGUUGUUUUUCAAAUUGUCAGGACUGCUGAGGCUAACCUGCAGCACAGUUUGCAGCACUGACGUGUGAGCAGAGCAGAAUCACUCUUUAAUGCUCUUAUAGGCGGACAUCACCUCUCUAAAUUCAGUAGCAGUUUCAUCGGCAGUGCCAUUGAACUGUGGGAACAUUUAUGAUUUUGUCUCAACAUUAAAACUAAAUUUAGUUUUGCCAGUUUUUGAAAGUAUCAAUAAAAUCAUGGAAUAUGUCCCAGAGCAACUGUCCAUCAGUGAGCAUGUACGAUGUCGAUUUGCGGUUCCAACAUACAGGAUGUUCAUGCUCCUACACAGAUUCUUGUUGAGUGAAAACAGAUUGUCCUAUCACAAAGCAGGAUUCAACAGAGUUGAAAUUUAAGAUAAGGUUUAAAAAGCUUUAUUCCUGUUUACAAUUUGGGAUGAAAAGCAGGCUUCGUUCUAAGUUUAUUGAAACCUGGCUCAGAUGUUUGUAGGUCAAGAGAAAAGCGGCACAGAGACAGCACAGUGAGUCACUCAAUUGCAGUAAAGAGUGAAAUGGAGACAGCCCGUGAGACGAAUCUCACAGUGAAGCGUUUGUUGGACCUCCUGGUAUUAAUGGAGCCAGAGUGACAUGCAUCCUUCGUCUGUCUCUUCGUCAGCACUGGCGUCAUUCCUUUCAGUUUACAGAACACAUGUAACUUGUAGCUAUAAACAUUUUGUGCCAUUAAAGCUCUCACAAAA